AGAAUGUUAAAAAAAGAACUUGAGAAACAUUUAAAAGAGAUUAGAGAGGAAGUAAAUUCAUUGAUACCAAAAUAUCUUGAUGAGGGAAUACUGAUAAACUAAGUGAGUAUAUGAUAUAUAUAUUUAAUAGAUAAAUAGUAAGGUUUAGAUUGAAUUAGCAGAGGAAUUCAAUAUACAAUAGGAUUUCGAUUUGAAUUUUAAAUCAAUAUUUUUAGAAUUCAUUUUUAAUCUUCAGAAACAGAAGAUGAUUUAAAAACAAAUAUUCAAUCCUCCAAAAACGAUUAGCGAUUUAUUUUUAGGUAGCUUUUUUAAUUUAGAUGAUGUGCCAAAGAUAAAUAGACACAUUAUUUUAAAGAAAAUAAUUGAUCAUAUAAAUUAGCGAAUUAAUAAUUUCUUCCAACAUCAAAAAUCAACUAUACAAUUCUUGAUUGAAUAAUAAAAAAUAAUUGAUUCUUAGAGUACAAGAUCGUCACCAAUAGUGAUUGAUUUAGAAAUUGAUUCAAAUCAAAAGACUCCAGAUGAAUAAUAAUAGAAAGUUUAAAAAUAAGAAUAAGAAUUGAUUACCUUAGCUUAGUAUUCAAAUCCAACUGAAGAACAAUUAAAUUGUCCAUAUUGUGUUUGUAAAAAGAGUAAUCAAAUAGUAUUGAAACCAUUAGCAUUGAGAUGUGCAGUUUGCAAAAAUUAUUUUCAUAUUUCUUGUCUUAGGAUUGAAAAACCAAAAAAAGUAUUUGUAUGUCCAGAAUGUAUAAUAAUUGGAAUGGAUCCCUUACAUGAAUUAUAAGAGUCAAUUUUAGAUCCUGUAAUAUUUUAAUCAUUAGAAGGGAGAGUGAAUUAGUUUACAUAAAAAUUUGAAAUGAAAAAAGGAUUACCAACAGAACAUUUGGUUGAAUUGAGAUCAAUUAAAAUUGAUGGAUAAUUUGAAGAUAUAUGUUGGCCUGAUUUAGGUGAUCUUUAAUUAAAUGGAAAAAAGAUUCAAGAUUUCAAACCUUUAGCAAAUAAUAGCUGUUUGAAAAAAAGAAAGGAUGAAAAAAUUAUGCUUAAUAUUGAAUAAGGGUAAGUUAAUAUUCUUACAAUAAGAGAAUAGAAUGGAAGUUAAGAUUUAAAAUCUUAUAGAAUAAACUAAGGAAUUCCAUAUAUGUUGGGAAUAUUCUAAGUAAGAAUUUAUAAAUUGAGUGAAUUUAUAAAAAAAGUAAAAAUGGAUUAAAAUUGUUUAUUGGGAAUUGAGUAAAGUAAGAAAUUAAUUUAAUUGUCUAUUUUAUAAAAUUAAUUUGAUGAGGUGACAAUGGAGAGUAUAAAGGUUAGUUUGGAUUGUGUUUAUGAUCUAAAUUAAAUCUAGACUCCAGCAAGAGGGAAUAUUUGUGAACAUAUUUAGUGUUUUUCAUUAGAAAAUUUAGUAACAAUGAUGAAAAGUGUUAGUCCUAGAAAAUGGAAAUGUCCAAUAUGUAAAUAGAUGAUUCUUGGAUUAUAAAUAGAUGCAUAUUAAAUGUGCAUUCUUACUAUAAUCAAAUAGUACAAUUUGAAGAUUAAUGAAGUUUCAUUUAAUUAGUUUGUAAACAGAGUGCUUAAUUGUUUUAGGGUGAAGUAGAAAAUACUGAAUUGAGAGCUUUAUUGAAAUAGUAAGAAUCGACUAUUCCAGAAUCCACUCGUAGCAAUAAUAAUCGAAUUAUUCAAUUAGAAUAGAUUUCAUAACGCAUUUUAAGGAUCUCCAAUUAAGUUGUUGCAGAACCUAAAAAAUAAAAACCACCUCCUCCUUUACCAGAACCAAAAACAAACAAAAAAAUAGGUAAUUCAUUUUCUGAUGCUAUUCUCAUUGAUUGA